UGAAGCCUAGUUAGUUAUUAGUGACCAAAAGAUUCGAACUCCGCGAAGAGAUCGGAAUUAUGAAGAUCUUAACUUCCUUCCCUAAUCCUUCCGCUUCAAAAACUCCAUCGCCUUCUUCCUCCAAACCUUCCAGAACUCCAUAUUCCAUCUCUCUCAUUCUCUUUCACACCAUGCCAUUCAACUCAUCUUUCGUUCCAUUAUGGCUGUCCAGCCGAACCGCAUUGGGAGUGAAACGAUGGGUUCUGAUUCUUACUUCUGUUUUCGUUUUUCUUCUUUUUGCUUUCAUUCUUGCUUUCAUUUUUCACGUCUCUUGUCGUGGGCGGAGGCGGAAUCGGAACCGUCGAAACGAUGAUCGUGAAGCUGCGAUUUCGGCCGAAGUUCUUCCGGAGAUGGACAUGAAGGUAAAGAAGGGCUCCGAUCAUCAAUUUUCACGCCAGGGUAGUCUGACUACUCAGCAUAGUAUUGUCACAGAUUGGGAGUAUUCCGCCGGCCGAUACUCCCCGGCGGCGUUUACGGACCGGCGGAGAUGGAGCACAUUUGCGCUGGAAGAGAUUGCUUUGGCGACAAAUGGAUUCAGCGAAGAGAAUACCAUUAGCAUCGAAGAUUUCAGUGUCGAUUACUACGGAAAUUUGGCCGAUGAUACAAAAGUGAUUGUUAAGAUAUUCAAUGCAAAUAACAGUUUUGGAGACAACGAGUUCAUCAGAGAAGCAGAGAGAAUUCGGCAUAUUAGCCAUAAAAAUCUGGUCAAUUUGCUUGGAUACUGCACCCAGGGAAUUGCUAAUAAUAGGAUGUUUGUUUAUGAAAAUUUGGAUAAUGGGAAUUUGCAUCAAUGGCUUCAUGGAUGUUCACAGAAACCCUUUAGCCCUCUGACAUGGUCCAUUAGGAUGAACAUUAUUCAAGGAAUUGCCAAAGGAUUAGCAUAUCUUCAUGAAGAUGUGGAACCACAAAUUCUUCAUGGCAGGCUAAAAUCCAGCUGCAUAUUACUUGAUCAGCAUUGGAAUCCCAAGAUUGCCAAUUUUGGUCUAGUUGAGCUUUUGCUUUUGGAGUACUCGCCUGGAUCUUUGGUUGGAGAAACGUAUGAAUCUCUCGAGAAUGGAUCAAUUAGUCCAUUCACAGAUCAGAAGAAUGAUGUUUAUAGCUUUGGUAUACUUCUCAUGGAGAUGAUAACUGGAAGAGCUCCUGUGGAGUCCAAUCAAUCACAACCAGAUUUGACAGAGUGGGUGAAAUCAAUGAUAGGGAAUCAACAGGCAUUUGAAACAGUUGAUUCCAAAUUGGAAGAAAAACCAGCCUCAAAGCAACUUAAACGGAUGCUUUUAAUUGCUCUUCGCUGUGUUGAUCCAGACAUACAGCACAGACCCACUAUGGGCCAAAUCCUUCUCAUGCUUCAGCCUCACGACCUUUUACUCUCUGAUGUACGUAUUUACAAACAUCCACUCUCUACAUUUAUACAUAUAUAUAUUCAUUCAUACACAUACAUAUGCAUUUUAUGCAUAUAUUAUAUUCAUUCAUACACAUACAGAUACUUGCACAAAUAUAUAUAUUGAUAAACUCACAAAUUAAUGGAUUGUACAUCAUUCUUAUUAAAUGCAUAUCAUUCUUAUUAAAGAUGUUCAAAUGAUCUGACAAUUCGAACAAAUCGAACUAAUCAAUCCAAAUUG